AUGGCCAAAUUAGUACUUGUGUGCAUUUUCUUGAUCAUUUUGAAUGCUGCAAUACCAAAAAGCUUUGCAAAGGAGUAUGUGGUUGGGGACAAAAGAGGUUGGAGUCCAAGUGUUGAUUAUCAUCCAUGGCCUUAUGGGAAAAGCUUAAGUGUUGGAGAUGUUCUUCAUUUCUUCUACAGCCCAAAAGUGAUAGAUGUGGCAUCAGUGGAUAUUUCAAGCUAUGUACUUUGUGGCAGUGUCAAAACUUUUUACAAGGAUAAUUGUGGCAGGACCUCAAUUACUCUUGAUAAAUCAGGGUCGUACUAGCUCAUCUUUACAAACAAACAAGGCUGCUUUACAGGUCUCAAGCUAGAGUUGCAUGUUCUUUGAAAAUUAUGUGGAGUAUUAUCGUGAAGAGUUCGUUGUGAUUUUUUUUUUCUUUUUCUUUCUUAUUCUCAAAUUUAUUCUUUUAUGCACUUGUAAUAACGUUUUGCUUGUAACAUGAAUGUUCUACUUAUUAGCUUGAUCUAAUUUUCUCUUUGAUGAACUCUAGAUUAAUGUCGUACCUCUCACAAGAGAACAUGUGGUGCUUGGAUCGAAAUAAUAGACAUUACGCGGAAGCUAAUAAUUACAAACUUUAAACGAUGAUAAAUCAUGAAUAAAAAUAAAAAUAAAUCAAAAGCGAAUAUUAUAACGUAGUUUGGUCAAUUGACAUAAAAAAAUAUAAAAACUAUAGAGAAAAUAAUCCCUCCCAAACAACAUUCUUUUAACGACUACAUUGUGGAUGCUCUUAUGUUGUUGUGUGAGAAGGAAAAAUCCCCAAUUUAUAGAAGUGCAAAACUUCUCGUCCAAGAAAAAAAAUAUAUAUAUAAGUCAUUUUCUAACAAGAAAACCUUUUCUACCAAAAAAAAAAAAAAAUCUCUAAGAUAGAAAUUCAAGGCAAACUCUAACAUAUGGCUCUAUAUCUUUAAACUUUCCAUUGUUAAUAGAUUGGAUUUUCUUCACAUUUCACUGUUGUUAGUUCUAUCUAAUUUACUUUUCGGACUUAUAGAAUUUUACAAAUGAAAGUUUA